AUGGCGGAAGCAACUCCCCUCCGGCCGCGGAUGCUCAUCAACGGCGAGCUCGUCGAGGCGUCCGAUGGCAAGACCUUCACCGUCUACAACCCGGCCACGCGCGACAUCUCAGCCCAGGGCAAGUCCCCAACCCCUCCGGAGAGCCUCCACACAGUCCCGGAGGCCAGCGCAGACGACACCAAUGCGGCCGUGGCAGCCGCAAAGGCGGCCUUCCCGGCGUGGGAGGCCAUGGGGCCGGCGAAGCGGGCGGUGUACCUGAAGCGGCUGGCGGCGCUGCUGCGGGAGCACAAGGACGAGCUGGCGCGGCUGGACGCCAUCGCCAUGGGCAUGCCGGUGUCGACGCACCACUUCGCCGAGAGCUGCGCGCGGCACUUUGAGUACUUCGCCGAGGCGUGGGCGACGGUGCAGGGGCAGGCCAGCGUCAACACGCCGGGCUACGUGACCAUGACGCUGCGCCAGCCGUACGGCGUCGUGGCGCUCAUCAUCCCGUGGAACGUGCCGUGCCACUUCCUGGGCACCAAGUCGGCGCCGGCGCUGAUCACGGGCAACACGGUGGUGCUCAAGUCGAGCGAGAAGGCGCCCCUGGCCGUGGCCCGCAUCGCCGAGCUCGUCAAGGAGGCCGGCUUCCCGCCGGGCGUCUUCAACAUCCUCUCGGGCCACGGCCUGCCGUCGGGCCAGAUCCUGUCGCGCCACAUGGACGUGCGCGCCCUGAGCUUCACGGGGUCCAGCCGCACCGGCAAGCUGAUCCAGGAGGAGGCGGCGCGCACCAACCUCAAGAAGGUCAUCCUCGAGCUCGGCGGCAAGUCGCCCGCGCUGAUCUUCGAGGACGCCGACCUCGACAAGGCGGUCGCGCAGACGCAGUUCAGCAUCCAGUCCAACAGCGGGCAGGUGUGCAUGGCCAACUCGCGCAUCUACGUGCAGAAGAGCGUGGCGGCGCAGUUCGUCGCGGCCUUCAAGCAGCAGUUCGCGGCCAACACCCGCCCGGGCGACCCGCUGGACCGCGCGACCAACCACGGCCCGCAGGCCGACGAGACGCAGUACCGCACCGUGCUGGCCUACAUCGAGGACGGCAAGGCGGCUGGCGGCACGCUGGCGCUGGGCGGGCACGGCCAGCUCGAGCGCACCAACGGCUUCUUCGUCGAGCCGACCGUGUUCCUGGACGCGCCCGAGACGGCGCGCAUCACGAAGGAGGAGGUCUUCGGCCCCGUCGUGGUCAUCAACACCUUCGACACCGAGGCCGAGGCCGUCGCCAAGGCCAACGACACCGAGUUUGGCCUGUACGCGGCCGUCUACACGCGCGAUGUGAACCGUGCGAUGCGCGUGGCCAGGGCGCUCGAGAGCGGCUACGUUGGGAUUAACUGCACCUCGCCGCUGACGGGCCACGACCUGCCCUUUGGCGGGUACAAGAGCAGCGGGCAGGGCAGGGAAGGCCUGCUGUAUAGCAUGAAUAACUUCCUUGAGACUAAGAGUGUUAUUAUGCAGAUUGAUGAGGCGUAG